AUGCCGUCACGAAAUAUUCGAUUUCAAGGAAAAAUAGCCUUCAUUGUGCGGGUUGCAUGGCGGGAUUCCACUUGGUUACAGGCAACAGCUGCGGGGGUGGCUAUUGGCGACACCCCUGUCAGCAUGGGCUCGGACCCAGCUUCGGGCGCAUUGGAUCGAUAG